GUAAAAGCACUCUUUUUGCAGAGACCAGAUGGCUGUCUGGCAUUGAAGUAGCUGAACCAGUGUCUAUAAGGGUUUUUAACCCUCUAAAACUUAAAAAGUAAAAGUUACCUCAGUUAGCAUCUUACAUUAGACUGUAAUUACAUUUUUCACAAGUAAUGAAUCAGUACUGACACAAUACUAACUAAAGACCAGAUUUUAUUCUGAUUUUCUUAAUUUUUAUGUAAUGUCCCUUUUGUUUCAGAAUUCCAUCCAGGAUCCUGGGUACCUCGUUACAUUUCACCAUGAUGUCUCUAUUCUCUCUUUGCUGUGAUGGUUUUCUCUUCUUUUUUUACUUAGAAAUUCUCCAGAAUUUCAGAAACUUCUGGGCAUCGCUAUGGAACUUUUUCUGCUGUGUAGUGAUGAUGCGGAGUCAGAUGUCAGGAUGGUGGCUGAUGAAUGCCUCAACAAAGUUAUAAAAGCUCUGAUGGAUUCUAAUCUUCCAAGGCUACAGUUAGAACUGUAUAAGGAAAUUAAAAAGAACGGUGCCCCUCGGAGUUUGCGUGCGGCGCUUUGGAGGUUCGCUGAGCUAGCUCACCUUGUUCGGCCCCAGAAAUGCAGGCCCUACCUGGUGAAUCUUCUGCCAUGCCUGACUCGAACAAGCAAGAGACCUGAGGAGUCGGUCCAGGAGACCUUGGCUGCAGCUGUUCCCAAAAUUAUGGCUUCUUUUGGCAAUUUUGCAAAUGACAAUGAAAUUAAGGCUCUAUUAAAGGCUUUCAUAGCAAAUUUGAAAUCAAGCUCCCCCACUGUCCGGCGGACAGCUGCUGGCUCUGCAGUGAGCAUCUGCCAGCACUCCAGGAGGACGCAGUACUUCUACAGCUGGCUUCUAAAUGUGCUCCUAG